AUGCCUCAUGCACUAUCACCAGAGCAAGACGUGCCAAGUCUCGAUGGCAAGAAACUCUUCGUAAACGAUGGUUUGCUCCGACCGAGUCAAGUAGGAAAGCUGAAAGAGUCAUCUCCAGAUAUGCCCAUGGAAGAGCUGCACCGGCGUUACAAUGAAGACGGGUAUGUCUACUUGAAAGGGCUAUUACCAAGGGACGAUGUCCUGGAAGCCCGUAAAGAGUACUUCAAGAUGCUUGCGCCAAGUGGCGUGCUGAAGCCUGGUACCCAGCCAGUAGAAGGUGUCUUUGAUUCCGAAAAAGAUGCUGCAGACUUCCCUGGUAUUGGAGCUGGUGCAGUUCCUGGAAACGGGAAGCCUGGAGAAGCGACCGCGGAGAGAUUCGUCGGCCUCGCGCUUGAGGCGCACUAUGCAGAUUGGUAUAAAGAGACAUUCUGUAAGCAUCCGAUACUCAGAGACUUCAUCGCCCGUAUGACAGGGUGGGGCAACAACACUCUAGGUGUUCGUAGGAGCUUGCUGCGUAACAACACGCCAGGAAACAAAGCUAUCGGCGUACAUUAUGAUCAGAUUUUCCUCCGUCACGGCGAGCCUACCAGUGUCACUGCCUGGGUACCAAUGGGUGAUGUGAGCUUGACUGGCGGCGGUCUCAUCUACUUGGAGAAUGGUCAUACACUAGGCCGCGAAGUGGAGGCAGAGUUCGACCGUAAGGCAGCAGAAACUGGCUUGAGCGAGGAAGAAACAAAGAAUGCAUUCAACCAGAACAUGCUAUCAACGGGAUUGCUCGCCGACGGACCACGAGAAUAUUCGGAUACCUUUGAUAGGCGGUGGUUAGUGACAAAUUACGAAGCCGGGGACGUGGUGCUGCACACCCCAUACACGAUACAUGCAUCCACAUUGAACUAUGACCCGAACAACGUGAUCAGAGUCGGUACUGACCUGAGGUUCGUCGAUGGCAGCAAGCCCUGGGAUACACGAUGGGACAAAGACUAUGAGUUCAAUGACGGAGUGUAA